AUGAGUAACCAGCAAGUAAUGUACUCAGAGCUCAAUCUGGCCAAAGAUCCAAAGAAACAGUGGAAGAAAUCUAAGGGUACCAAAAGCUCCACUGCAGAAAACAAGCAGGAAGUAACCUAUGCAGAAUUAACCCUCCAGAGUGCUUCUCAGGAGCAUCAAGAGAAUGGCAAGGAUCACGGCUGCAGAGACUCCAUAUCACCUCCUGAGAAGCUUCUUGCUGGAUUCCUGGGAGCCACCUGCCUUGUCUUAGUGGUCACAGUGACAGUGCUGGUGAUAGUUGUAAGUCCCUCUACGACAACACAGCAACAAAACAAAUCUUCCUCAGUAGGAACCCGAAAAGAAACCCACGGUCUUUCCACAAUAUAUCAUUGUGCUCAUUGUCCAAAUGAGUGGUUCACAUUUUCCAACAAUUGUCAUUACUUUGGUUUGGAAAAGAAAACUUGGAAUGAGAGUUUGUUGUCCUGCACUUCUAAGAACUCUAGCCUGACUUACAUAGAUGAUGAGAAAGAGAUGAAAUUUCUAAGUUCUAUCUCACGUGCAUCUUGGAUUGGCAUCUCACGUUCUGGCAGAGACCACCCAUGGCUGCUGGUAAAUGGCUCAGUGUUCCAUCUUCAGAUACAGGAAUCAUCACCUGGUGAAUCCAACUGUGCUUGGUUAACCAUAUCUGGCCUUAUGGCAGAAGACUGUGGAUCUCCUCAGCCAUAUUAUUGUAAACAUAAAUUUCAGAAUUAA